ACACUCUCCUUUUACAACUCAAACUCUUAAAAGCAGUAUCAGAGUCAUAAGAGAAACAUAUCACCGAGAGAUUUCAAUGUCACUAUUUCUUUCUGUCAAGUCUCUCUCUCUUUCUAUCUCUCUCCCUCUCUGAAGAAAUGGCCAACGUCCCAGAAGAAUCCCCAUUGGGAGGCCCAUCAGCUAGAGGAGCGGGUUCGAGUGCGGCGGCUCCAACCAACAACCCUUCUUCUGCUCCUCAUGAUGGAAACCUCUCUGAGAUCACUCGUUUGAUUCGAGGGCUUAAUUCUGAAAAAACCCGAAAGGAGUCUCUUGACCUUCUUUGCAAGAAUUAUUUGAAAGUUUGUGACGAUUUGGCAAUCUUGUUAUGGAAUUCUUUCGGUACCAUGAGAGCACUUGUAGAGGAAGUAACUUCAGUUUACCGUCCACUAUCAUCCACCAGCCUUUCAGAAAGGGUAGCAGCUCAAGUUUGCAAUGCUAUUGCGCUUCUUCAGGCUGUAGCUGCUCACCCCGAAACAAGGAUGCCAUUUGUCAAAGCUUACAUACCAGUCUAUCUUCAGGCCUUCCUGAACACUAUGAACCGUGAAAAGCCCUAUGAUUCUCUAAGGCUUAGCAGCUUAGUUGUCAUCGGUUCCCUAGUGAAGGUUGAUGAUGCAGAAGUGGUUGAUUUCCUUCUUGUUUCUCAAACAUUUCCUAGUUGCCUGCGCUGCAUGGAGGUUGGCAGCACAUUAUCAAAAACAGUUGCCACAUUUAUAAUUCACAGGAUUUUACUAAAUGAGCAAGGGCUGCACUAUUGUUUGGUUCCUGCGGAUCGAUUUUUCGCGCUAAACAAUGCAUUGGCAAUAAUGGUUGAAAGGCUUGGUGAAGAAGAAGAAGGGCAUCGCCCACGACUGCUAAGAAACAUCAUUUCUUGUUAUCUCAGGCUGUCAGACAACGACAGGGCACGUGCCUAUUUCUCAGGUUACAUUCCUCCCAAGUUAGUAGAUGACACAUAUAUUGGUAUCCUUGAACGUGACCAGGUAGCCCAUAGUAAUCUACAAAAAUUGAUUUCCAAAUUAAAAGCCAGCCAGAGGUCUAGAACACAACCAACCGGCCACUUAUCGGGGCCUUUAUGAUGGAGAAUGCAGUUACCUUGUUCAGGCUGGCCAAGGCAUCAUUGGGAGCAUACGACACAAGUUUUAGAUUUACUGUGUUGCAUAGACAUGCACCUUUGCAUGAAUGUAGACUAAAUAUAAGCCCGUACCGGCUGCUUGUACCUCACCUCCAUAGGCUAUGGGCGUUGCUUCUCAAAUGCCCAAUCUGGAGAGAUGCUAGGCAUAUCUACAUAAGUACCCCGAUAAUUAUCAGUCUAGAGUAUUACAUGCCAAUUUGCUAGACCUCGCUCUUUCCAUGACCCCUUUGUGUACAUUCGUUACUCACAUUUUAUAUACAUUGCAGGCAUCGUUGAGGUUA